AUGAUCUCCUCGCGUCUGGUCUGCACCGGUCGUCGCCUUGUCACCUCUCAAACCCGAGCCACAAUAACUCCGCUCCGACCGGCUUUCCACACAAUACCCACCGCUCCCUCAGUAACAAGUCGACGGAAAUAUGCAACACCUAGUGGAACAAAGGACGUGGCUGUCAGAGAUGCAUUGAAUGAGGCAUUGGCGGAGGAGCUAGAGUCAAAUUCGAAAGUCUUUGUGAUCGGGGAAGAGGUGGCUCAGUACAAUGGGGCCUACAAGGUCACGAAAGGUCUAUUGGAUCGAUUUGGGGACAAAAGAGUCAUUGACAGCCCUAUCACCGAAGCCGGAUUCUGUGGCCUUACCGUCGGGGCUGCUUUGGCUGGGUUGCAUCCAGUAUGCGAGUUCAUGACGUUCAACUUUGCGAUGCAGGCAAUUGAUCAGAUAAUAAAUUCGGCCGCCAAGACACAUUAUAUGUCCGGUGGCAUCCAGCCCUGCAACAUUACCUUUCGAGGGCCGAAUGGGUUCGCAUCUGGAGUUGCAGCCCAACAUUCGCAGGAUUAUUCUAGUUGGUAUGGCAGUAUACCCGGCCUUAAAGUGGUGGCACCAUACAGUUCGGAAGACGCAAAAGGCUUGUUGAAAGCUGCGAUCCGAGAUCCAAAUCCAGUAGUUGUCUUGGAGAAUGAACUAUUAUAUGGAUCGACGUUCCCCAUGUCCGAAGCAGCCCAAAAAGACGACUUCGUGCUACCCUUUGGCAAGGCUAAGAUAGAGCGACCCGGCAAGGAUCUGACUAUCGUCACACUCUCGCGGUGUGUCGGUCAGGCGCUGACAGCAGCUGAACAGCUCAAGAAGGCUUAUGGUGUCGAUGCUGAGGUGAUCAAUCUCCGAUCGGUCAAACCUAUGGACGUUGAAGCUAUCGUCAAAUCCGUGAAGAAGACGGGACAUCUGAUGGCACUUGAGAGCGGCUUCCCAGCCUUUGGAGUUGGUGCGGAGCUCCUUGCUCUCACGAUGGAAUAUGCGUUCGACUAUCUAAAUGCGCCUGCCGUAAGGAUCACAGGCGCAGAGGUCCCAACGCCGUAUGCUCAAGGGUUAGAAGACAUGAGCUUUCCACAAGAGGAGACGAUUGUAAAAUACGCGGCUAAGUUAUUGCGGGUCUGA